AUGGAAAAUCUUACACCACUACUUUUUGAUUUUUCCGAAGAUGAUCCAUAUUCCGAAGAUGAUCCAGAAGAAUAUUGCACAACAAUGGAAAGUAGUGAUGUAAUGGAUGAUAUCAUUUUCAGGCCAAUAGUGAAUCAUCUUCCAAGAGAAAUAAUACUUGAAAUUUUGAGCUUUUUCCGAUUGGAAAAUAUUAAUCCAGUUAAUAAUGAAAGUGAAUUAAUCAAGAUGUGUUUUGGCAGAUUUUCAAAUGAUAGUAGUAUUGAGUGUUUGUUUAGAUGGAUUGAUGUAGAUGGUGUAGCCUGGAGGAAAAUGGACAAGUAUCCACAACAGAUAAUUCAUCUAUUACAAUUAAAUAACAGAGGUGCAGGAAUUGAAUUGAAACCAGUAAUGUUUCGAAUGAUGGAAGAGAAUAUAGUGAUGAAGGAUUUCUUCUUUGAUGCUGGAAGGUUUGAUUUUUCGUUGGUGGAAUCAUUGGAAAUGAAUUGCCAACAAAUGGCGCUUGAUCUCAUUCAGAGAGCUCUACAAACUUUUACUUUUGUGAAAAGCAUUGAAAUUGAGAUGAGUUAUUCAGAAGCUUCAUUGAUUGAAAUUGUACCCUUCUUAUCAAAUAUGUCAAAUUUGAAAUUAUUUGCUUUUCAUUGUGAUGAUUUUGUUACAUUCGAUUUGUUAGAAUUAUCCAAAGUGACUCCACAAUUGGAAGAGUUAAGAAUUUCAUCCUCUUCUUCCAUACUCGCAUGUCACCAAGCUGUUUCCAAUUGGAAACAUUUAAAACGACUUGAAUGGGCAUUUGUUUCGUAUGAUAAUUUAUUUUCUGGUUUUGAUGAAUCUGAUAACUUUAAUGAGGAUGCCAGACUAUUCUAUGAAGUUCUCAACAAGUCAUUAGUUGAGCAUCUUAGUUUAAAAUUGGAGAAAUUGACAGAUUUCUUUGAAAUAACAUCACCCUUAUUGAAGGAUCUGUCAUUGAAGAAUUGCACUCUUUCACCUAUGAAUUAUUCUAACAUUCUCAAGAUUGAAAAAUUGGAAAGAUUGACAUUGAUCAACUCUCAUGACGAAAUUAUCAAACAAGCUCCUUAUCACCUCAAAAAUCUCAAAUAUUUAUGCAUUAGUGAGUGUGAUUCAAAAUCUCUUGAGUACAUUAACAAAAUAGCUUCACUUCAAACGAUUGACUUUGUUUCUCCAAAAUUCAUGCCUAAUCAACUCUCUAUCUUUAAUGGACAUCCUUCCCUUGACAAAAUUAUAAUUAAAGGAAUCACAUUUAAAAGAGAAUUUUUCAGAGAUCUAGAAAAUAUUGAAAUCAAAUUACAACAGCAUUAA